AGCAGCCAGCAUGGCCACAGCUGCCUCCAGCCCCUACACCCUGCUCAGCUCCACGUCCAUGAUCCACGCGGACAGCCAGGCCAUGCAGCCUGCCAGUCCCUACAGAGGGCACCAGAAACUCCUGCAGAGCGACUACCUGCAGAGCGUCCAGAGCAACGGACACCCGCUCGGGCACCAGUGGGCGAGCAGCCUGUCCGAGGGCGGGCCCUGGUCCACCUCCAUGGAGCAGCAGGACGUGAAGCCCGGCCGAGAGGACCUGCAGCUCGGCAUCAUCCAUCACCGCUCUCCUCACGUAGCGCAUCACUCCCCUCAUCACAACAACCAUGGCAACCACCCGGGAGGCUGGGGAACUCCGGUGUCCCACAACUCCUCCAUCACCGGCGCGCAGCAGAUCAACAUCUACUCCCAGACGGGCUUCACCGUCAACGGCAUGCUGGACCACGGCGGCGGACUCACGCCUCCACCCAACAACCCGCAGGGCCAUGCAGCAGGCAUGCACCCGGGCCUCAGGGACACGCUCAGCCCCGACCACAGCGACAUGGUGCAGGGCCACCACUGCCACGACCACUCCGACGAGGAGACGCCGACCUCGGACGAGCUGGAGCACUUUGCCAAGCAGUUCAAGCAGAGGCGGAUUAAGCUGGGCUUUACGCAGGCGGACGUCGGGUUGGCUCUGGGCACGUUGUACGGCAACGUCUUUUCCCAGACGACCAUCUGCAGGUUCGAGGCGCUGCAGCUGAGCUUUAAAAACAUGUGCAAACUCAAGCCGCUGCUGAACAAGUGGCUGGAGGAGGCGGACUCGACCACGGGCAGCGCCAGCAGCAUAGACAAGAUCGCCGCGCAGGGGAGGAAGAGGAAGAAGAGGACGUCCAUCGAGGUGAGCGUCAAGGGGGUGCUGGAGACGCACUUUCUCAAGUGUCCCAAGCCGUCCGCGCAGGAGAUCACCUCGCUGGCGGACUCGCUGCAGCUGGAGAAGGAGGUGGUGCGCGUCUGGUUCUGCAACAGAAGGCAGAAGGAGAAGCGCAUGACGCCGCCCGGGGAGCCGCCGCCGCCGGGGCCGCCGACGCACGAGGGACCUUAUUCUCACAGCGGGAGCGCGGGGGGGGACACCUCCUCCUGCCACGACCUCUGACCCCCGUCCCGGGAGGAUUCCCACACACACACACACCCCCACCCGCACCCCGCGGGGCGCACGGCACAGACACUCGAGCGCAGGGACGCGCGGAGGCCGCUUCCAGCAGCCUCCCGUCCCGGUACAGACUCCCCCAGAUGCCUCCAGCACUGACCCCCACCCCUAAAGGAGGAUUUAUGCUUCUGCGUUAAAUCGACGCAGAGCCUACGCCGUAGGCUCUGCGUCGAUUUAACGCAGAAGCAUAAAUCAGCCUUAACAAUAACAGAGAUACCUGCUCAGCCUUCACCAGUUUUUUCUAACUAUCACGAGGGCAUUAUUCUAUCUACACAGCGGCAUAUCAAACAUGAACCAUUAUCCUACACUUUUUUGGAGCGCGCCGACUUGUUUUCCACAUCACGGAUUUGAAUACAAAAUGUGCCUAAUUACCUGCCAGCGCCUUUGGUUUGUGAUUCGCAUCAGCUCGAUAAUAGUGUUAACAUGGGACUGAUGUUUUUUUUGUCUGGACUGUCCUCGCACACGCCGCCAAAGUCGGCUGGAAUGAUCAGUGGCGUUGAAACAAACGAUCGGCCAAUAUCACUGUUUUUUCAAAUGAUUUAUGCGGCAACCAUAUAGGUCAUUCUGCAGUCCACCUCACGCUUCCUUCGGCCUUGUAGUUCUCAUUAUAUUUGCAUUUUUGUAACAUACGCGUAGCAAACCUAUACUUAUUUUUGCAUAUGCAAACAUAGGCCAUUACUCCAGUUGUAGAGGUUUUGCCACAUAAUAGCACUUGGAGCAUUUAUGUUUUUAAUUCACGGCGGCCUGUAGCUUAUUAAAAAAAAAAAAAAGAAAUGAAAAAGAAAAAAAGAAACAUCCGCAAUUUUCAGCUAUUCAUGAAUCCAUAUAUCUGAUUUCAAUCAUCUUCGACCAUAUAAACUGUGUGGACUCUGAAAUAGAGCCGAGAAUAGAAAGAGGAGUUGACGACGCUACACACCUGCCUAUAAUUUUAAUGUACGCUCAAUAUCAAAAUUUUAUAAUCUAAAAUACUCCUGUUAUUUGGUUUAUUUCGUAAGUAUUUUUUCCAAUAUUGUACAGUUUUAUAUAUUACCAUUUUGAAGUCAUUAAUUUAAACAAAUGCUGUUAGUUAUUCAUGCACUUAAUUAGCAAUGUUUAAAAAAAAAGCAGACGAACAAAAAGAUAUUUUCAGUAAGACUGAACUGUUUUGGCGGUUUUAUCCCAAAUUUCGAUGACAGCUCGAGUAAUUAUUUAUUUUCAGUAUAAAGCUUGUAUUAUGUUUUGAAAUAAACAAUGUAUGUUGUAAUAAACAGUUUCUUGCUACAACUGUUCACUGUCUAAAAGAGAAUUGGACGUUUAAGGAAUUCAGUUAGGAGAAUAAGUCAUAUUAUUAUUAUUAUAAUUUUUAUCAUCAUUAUUAUUAUUGAUGCAAAAGGUAAAAUCGGUCUUAAAAUAUUUACCAUCAAUUCAAAAAUUUUAAAAUUGAAAACAGUUGCACCUAACUUCUAAUUAAAGUCAUGAGGGGAGCUAUGUUAAAGGAUACCGUUUCUCAUAAUUAAAUCUAUGUGCGGCUCCUGCAGCAGCGAGGCCACCUCUCGGCUUCAGCGUCACCUCAAACACGAAACUUUCACGUCUCCAGCAGCUGUAAAGUUUCCAGCGGUUCAGCAGGACUUUGGCAACCCCGAGACACUUUCCCCCUCGCAACUCUGCUGAAAUGUUAUUGUCCGGGUCCUCUGUCCUCCUC